AUGUCUCCCGCUCUUGUGUGUCAAGAUGCGUCUCAAAACUAUGACGUCGUGAUUGUGGGUGCCGGGCCUGUGGGAUUGAUGCUCUCUACAUGUCUGUCUCGAUGGGGCUAUCGCAUAAAGCACAUCGAUAACAGGCCAGAGCCUACGGCGACUGGUCGGGCUGAUGGCAUCCAGCCUCGCUCUCUCGACCUGCUGCGGAACAUGGGGCUAAAGUCUGCCAUCAUGGCCCAUAAGCCCGCUCGUGUCUAUGAAGUCGCAUUCUGGGACCCUUCAGAAUCAAGCAAGGGUAUUGCCAGGACGGGGACCUGGGCCAGCUGCCCCAACUUUAUCGAUGCCCGCUAUCCCUUCACCACACUGCUACACCAGGGUCACAUCGAGAGGGCCUUUAUCGCAGACCUGGAGAAGAACGGCACUAAGAUCCAGAGACCCUGGACAAUCACGGGCUUCCAGUCUCGCAGCCCUCAGACAUAUGAAUAUCCCGUCCAAGUUGAACUGGAACACGUCAACGGCGCGGAAAAGGAGACUGUGUUCGCAAAGUACCUCUUUGGAGGCGAGGGCGCAAGGUCCUUUGUCAGACAGCAGCUGAACAUCGGAUUUACGCAUAAAGAUCCGAUCGCGUAUGUCUGGGGUGUAAUGGACGGUGUGGUCAAGACCGAUUUCCCUGAUAUCAAGAUGAAGUGUACGAUACGCAGUCAGUAUGGCUCCAUCAUGGUUAUCCCUCGUGAGGACAACAUGGUUCGCCUCUACAUCCAGAUCGCGUCUUCCACGGAUGUCGACUGGAGCCCGAGAAAGACAGCCACUGAAGCAGAGGUACAAGCUUCCGCCAAGAAGAUUCUGCAACCCUACUCGAUCGAGUGGGAGCAUGUAGAAUGGUAUUCCGUCUACCCAAUUGGCCAAGGAAUUUCUGAUAAAUAUACCUUGGAUGAGCGAGUUUUCUUGGGCGGCGACGCCUGUCACACCCAUAGUCCCAAAGCAGGUCAGGGAAUGAACACUGCCUUUUUGGAUGCGCUAAACUUGGCUUGGAAGAUUCAUGCCGUGGAAGGCGGCCUCGCAGACCGAGCCAUUCUCAAGACAUACGAGUCUGAGCGAAAAGCAGUGGCAGAAUCACUACUAGACUUUGACAACCGAUAUGCGAAGCUCUUCUCUCAGCGACCACCUGCGGCUUCUGAGGUUCAGGCGGCCUCGGAAACGAUACCGGAUGCAGACCUAGAUGCCGACAAUGCCUUUAUCAGGACUUUCAAGGAAUCCUGCGAAUUCACCAGCGGCUACGGCGUCUCGUAUCAGCCUAACGCAUUAAAUUGGUCUCCAGAGCAUCCAGCACAGUCGUCUCUCAUGCAGCCAAGCGGGACAAAGUUGCAAUCCGGACGCUUAUUCGUAAUUGCGGACGUGACGAGAGUUGUCGAUGCCAACGUGGUACACUUGGAGCAAGAGAUACCUCUCAACGGGUCGUUCCGCAUCUUCAUCUUCGCCGGAGAGCCAGUCAAGAACCGUGCCGCUAUCCGCGAUUUAGCAGACAACCUGGCUAGCGCCGAUUCGUUCUAUUCAGCAUACACUCGACCGGAUGUCGAUCAAGUCUCGCAUCACGAAAAGCACAACCCGCAUAGCAUGUUCUUCACGCUGUGUACCAUUUUCGCCGCUAAGAGACACCGUAUCGAGAUCCCAAGAGACGCACCUGGCGCUUUGGCUCGUUAUCGCGAUCACGUCUAUGCGGACGACAGAUGGGACCGCCGUGUACCUGAUGCACAGGCAUCGGCACACGCAAAGAUGGGUCUCGACGAAGAAAAGGGCGGCGUGGUUGUUGUUCGACCAGACGGCUACGUCGGCAUGGUAGCAUCUCUAGUAGAAGGCACAGGCACUAUUGAUGCCCUCAACGCCUAUUUUUCAGCAUUUUGCACCAAGAAGUUCGGAAGCGCUGCCUAG